AUGAAUAGGGUCCUACAUAAGAAUUUCGACCACAUGAACUAUGUUGGAUUCACCAUGUUUGACAAGGCAGAAAUGAACGAGUUCGAGUUGUUUUGGGCUCUUCUUCGAGAUCGACCUAGACCACUGAAAGUGCUUAGGAUAGUAGAAGCGGUGAAAGUUCCGAGACUCGCGGAAUGGGUCUUGGGAUUAUCUGAUGCGUUCCCAAGUGUCGAAAUAGGGCUCAUAACAACGUAUUCCCGGACUAGGACCACUUCGCAGACGAAUUAUCUCGGUGGCAAGGAGGUGGCACUAGCCCAGAAGCAGUCUCCACUCUUUAAGCUCCCGCGAGAGAUUCGAGACGACAUCUAUGGUCUUCUGCUAGUCACAAAAGACGUGUACCUACGGCCACAGUACUUACCACGCGAGCUGCCCAAAACCCGACGAUACGAUAUAUCGGUGCAGAUCCUCGGCGUUUGCAAAGACAUCUACUUAGAGGCUCUCCCAAUAUUGUGGGGCAAAAAUACGGUCUAUCUCAAAUCCCUCCUCUACUGGUCUCCUAUUCUUCUUGAGGAAUGGCUUGCCCACAACAUCUCCUUCAGGACCAGCUUUACCUACAUUAAAUCCCUUCGACUCAAACUCUUUGGAGACAGCGAACUGACCGGUCUGAAUGUCCUGGCUGAGAUGAUACAACAACGUCCAAGUUCUUUACAAAAUCUGACGGUUGAGAUCUACACCUCAAAAGCCAUCAAGCCACUCCAGCGACUCUCCUGCGAUCUCCUAGGACAGGACAUCGUCGUUGAAUCUAAUAAAUUUCGCAACCGUAAGCCUCAUCGAUACAUACGACGUGGGGUGAUAUACAACAUGGAGAAUGGGAGUCUGGUAAAAUCGACGAACGAAUGGUACAACAAGAAUUUUUACGAUGAGAGGUAUCACAUUAAGAGCAUCGAAAAUAAAGCUAUCAGGUUUUGA